AUGAGGGGGGAGGAGGCGGCGGCAGCCGUGACGGUGUCCGAGGCGGGCAGCGAUGGCGAGCAGUCCCGGCCGCCCGCAGGCCUGGGGCGCGCGGCGCGCGGAGAGCCGGGCGGCGGCGGUCCACAGGAGUCCCGCAAGCAGUGGAAGAAGUUUUUAUAUUGUGAACCACAUAAGAGAAUUAAGGAAGUACUCGAAGAAGAACUUUAUAUUAAAAGAGAUGAAUGCCACAUUAAACAUACACCUGCAGUGGCCUUGGAAGGGAUUUGGAGCAUUAAAAGGAACCUCGCUGUGGGAGGCUUGAAGCCAGGACUGCCAAGCAGGAACAGUUUACUGCCACAAGCCAAGUACUAUUCGAGGCACGGAGGCCUGAGAAGAGGCCGAGUGCAGGGCCUGCGGGGUGGGCGGCAGGUCACGAGAUCUAGGCUGCGCCUCCGUCCGCUCCGCACAUCGGCCUCGCGGGCUCCCUCCCUCCCGCAGGCGUCACCGGCCCCGGACGGCACGAGAGGAAGGAAGCGGUUCCCCGGUCCCACCCCCGGGCCGCCUUUCUCCGGUGCCCGCCUCCUCUCGCGCCGCCGCCGCGGCUUCGGAGGGUCUCACGCCGCCUGCCCGCGCCAGGGGGUGAACCCGGCCCUCACCCUGGAAGGCAAGCGUCUGGGCCGCCGCGAUUGA